AUGUUCAAAGAACGCAACGUACAAGCAACAUCGCUAAAGAAAAAGAGGCGAGCUGCCGGGCUCGGGGCCGGGCGGGGGGCGCUCGGCAAAGCCCGGAGCGGCGGAGCGCGGCCCGCGCCCGGGACGCGACCCCUGACCCCGGCCGCCGCCCCCCGCCCCCCCGCCGGAGUCCACUUCUCCGGGUCUUCGGGCCGACCGCGCGGCAGGGACGCGCGGUGGGCACUGCCGCCCCGGGACCCGGGCUGGGGAAGGGUCGCGCGCGGUGUGGGCGGCGUCCGGCGAGGGGUGUGGGCCACGCGGCAGGAGCCAGCCCCCGCGCCGGGAGUUCGGGCCCCCGCGGCACCCCGGCCCCCGCGUUCCCCACCCCCGCGCCCGGAUCCCCGCGCCCAGCGAGGCCGGUGGGAGGGUCAGCCAACGGCCCUGCCCGGCGCCGGCGUCCACCUCGAGGAAAGAACCAGGUCCCCACCUGAAGCGCCCGGCACCCGGCCGGCCCCGCGCCCUGGAAAGGUCGCUUUCUUCUCGGUCCUCCCCGCGGGCCCCCUCCCCGCAUUCCCGCGUGACCCAGACCUGGAGCCCCUCGGGCCACAGCGGACAUCGCGGGGCGGGUGGGGGGGUCUGGACACAAGUGGGAAGAACCCGCCGAGAACAGAGGUCAUUUUGUCGCUUGGGACCCAGGCGCCCGGAGGAGACAAGGAACCUGUGAGGUGCUGCACCGGAGUCGGAGGACCUGUCCUGGACCCUCCCUGCCCCUCACCUCCACGCCUCGCCAGCGAGGCCUUGGGCCUAGGAGUCACUGUCCUCCUGGACUGGAGACUCACAGCCACCCAGCUGGGCAGUUAAGCGAGGAAAUGACAGAAUGAGGGGACAGCUCCCGGCAAAUGCCAGCACACAAGCAGGGCCUCAGUGAAGACGUUGACUGAAUCAGUCGUGGCAGAUCUGUAACCUGAAUGGCAGCACCGUCAUUUUCCUUAUGGUGAAGCAUCUCAAACACACGCUGGAGAGGCGACGUCAUGAGCCCUCCCUGUGUGCCCAAGAACCAGCCAAUCCUAACAUCUUGCCAUACUUGCUUCGGAUGUUCGUGUACAAACUAAAUAAUAUCACGAUACA